AUGACGCGCGAAUCCAGGUUCUUGGAAUUAACAUCGCUCGAAUCGAACUGCGAGCAGGUCCAGUUGACUCUCAAAGAUGUGAUCAAGAAAAAGCUCGACCAUGAACAAGCCGCGCUGGAGUUGGGUCUGGUGCUGAAACUCGCAGAAACCCGCAUAUUGGCUGCGCAGAGACUAUCUUGUCUAUUCCUGCACCUCGGUGUCAGCGGCAUCUUUGGCGAGUUCACGAAUCUCUUUAUCCGCGGCGGGUGGAAUCUCCCCAUGCCCGACUGGGUCGCCGUGUACCGCCUGGUAAGGCAGCACCAGGACGACCCAGUCUGGCGACACCGUCACUAUCCCGCGGAUGCCCAGAUCAUGGACAAGUGGGACGUCAAUCAUCACUACGCCAAGGUGAUUCUAUCCGUCUUCGUCACCGGAAAAGCCACCAGCAGCACCAUGAGCGCCGAGAAGAAGGACCUCUCCCCCGAAGUGACUAAUCGCCUCGUCUCCUGGCUGCGGAUAUGUGACGCCAACGAGAUCUUUUGGAUAGUUUUCCACGCCCUCACGUACUUGAAGCUCGAGGCCGAACGUAAAAACAAGCCUCUGCCUCGAAGAGUGAGAAUUAUCCGACGUCUGACCAUGAGCCGCAAGUAG